AUGUACUCUCCCAACUCCCCAAGUAACCAAUUCCACCUGAACAAUUGCCUCUUCAAAUUCACUAACAUCCCGUCAGAUUUCUCUCGCCCUCUGCCUCCCCCCCUCUCUCCUCCUAGACCACCUCCUCCAUUAUCCUACCUAGCCGGACACAACCUCCCCGUCUCAGUCCCCGAACUGAGCGAGGACACCGUACUCCGCGCUUCACUAGACGGCAACCUCGACGAUAUUCACUACCCGGCACAUCUAAUCCCCGACCCGCGCUCCUCUACCGAAAUCCCACAAAUCUCCCACCAUAUAAUCUCCUCACCUUCUCCAACCUCUCUCUCCCACCAACCUCGCAUCACCAUGGCUCCCCCCCAACUUUCUCGCUCCGCCACCUCUCCCGAUCUCUCAGCUCCAUCAACCAUCUCUCCCAUCCCCGAGCUACAAGAAUACGCCCCAAAUCGCGAUGGCGCCAUCAGUCGCACAGAUCGCUAUUCUCGAGUUCUCUCAGCAAUGCCUCCUCACCCUCUAACCGCACCACCCCCCAUCCCAACCAUUCCCUCCUCCUCCUCAUCCACCAUGUUCCAUUCCUCCCGCCCCAGCGGUCUCCGCCACGUAACCUUCGCGCACGAAACCGACACCCUCUCACUCACCUCCUCGCACCCCUCUCAAACCUCCUCCCCCAUCCUCCCCUCCAACCCCACCUCCCCACCCCGAAAACACCGCUUCAACCUCACUCUCGCGCAUCAAAAAAUGCAAAAAGCAUUUUCCACCCUGCGAACACACACCCACAGCAUCUCCCCAAAACCCAGUUUACUGCUUCGAAAAAAAUCUUCUCAUUCCACCCUCUUCACUUCUGAUUCUGGAUCUGGAUCUGGAUCUUCCCCACUCUCCGCUUCUGACGUCUCGGCAGAUGAACCCACAAGACCGAAAACCGCACCUUCAUCUUCGUCAUCUUUUGGAUUUGGCAAUUUUCCUGCGAUGCCGGGUGCAUUUUCGAAGGAUAAGAGAGAUGCGAGAGGAGGGAAAGAAAUGCAGAUCGGUGCGCCAACCGGCAUGGUGAAGAAGACACCCGAGGAAAUCCAGCAGAUGUUGAGGGAAAUGGGGGUGAAGAGUGAGGAUUUACCUUUUGUUGCGGGCUCUUCCACUUCUACUAUUCAUGCUCCUUCUCACUCCGCUGGUGAUGAUGGUAACGAUACCAAUAACACCGCAUUCCAAUCCCAGACCCAAUCCACCAUCCAGGAACCCCUCGCCCUCCCUCCCAACUCUCCAAGACCAGAAACCCCACGCGUACUAAGCGCCGUGCAACGAGGAAAACUCCCCGCUCUCUCUGCCUUCCCUCAUUCCUUCACCCGCCCCACACGCUCUUCCUCCCUGUCCUCUCCUCACUGCGGUCCCUCUGUUCCUUUCCCCGUCCGAGACCUCACAACGAAACCCGUCGGAUGGUUCAGCACUGCUCCUAUGGACGAUAUCCGCGCUACUCUCGCACCAACACGCAAGGAAGAUUUCUUAAAACCCGACGAGAUGGAUGGGUUUUUGGCGCAGUUGGUGGAAGAUUUCGGAGUCAUUGUGAAAGUGAGAAAGUGGAGGAGUGACAAAUUGGAUGAGGAGAUUGAGAGGUUGAGGGAGUGUGCGGUGGAGGGGGAGGAGGAGGUUGAAGAUGAUGAUGAUGAUGAUGAUGAUGAGGGAGAUGAUGAUAUUGAGGAUGGAGAAGCAGAAGAAGAAGAAGAAGAAGAACCCUACAUCUGGGGCGCCAACGGCGAACCCCACCCCGAUUUCGUAGACGGCGGCUGGGGCCAAGAGGAAAUUAGCAGUGCGGGGGUUGGCGCCCGCUGGUUUGUAUUCGACGAUAUGGAGAAUGUAUUGGGGGGACCGAAGUGUCCGAUUACGCAUGCGGUUGAUGGGUUUGAGGAUGCGGAGCAGGAGCGGGAGCAGGAUGGAGGAGAUGGCGAGGUUGCGGGAGAGGAGAGAGAGAUGGUGGAUGAGGAGAUGGGGAGAGGAGAAAUGAGUACGACGCUUUUGAGCCCGAUUGAAGAGGGGUUUGGAGAGGAGGAGGGAGAGGAGGGGUUUGAUGAGGAUGCGCGACAGCUUUCUCAGGAGGAGAUUUUGAAGAGAGAGGGAUUACUUUGA